GAUGUACUCGAGUUUUGUGCUUUAAGCCAUCAACACUUUCGCGAGUUCAACUUGGUGUUUUUAUUCUCUUCCGUCGACCUUUGAUUAAUAAAUUUGAACUUUCAAAAUGUGUGAUGAUGAUGCAGGAGCACUUGUCGUUGACAAUGGAUCAGGAAUGUGCAAAGCUGGCUUUGCUGGAGAUGAUGCACCACGUGCUGUCUUCCCUUCAAUCGUAGGCCGUCCACGCCACCAAGGUGUGAUGGUCGGCAUGGGACAAAAGGAUUCAUACGUUGGUGAUGAAGCACAAAGCAAACGUGGUAUUCUUACAUUGAAAUAUCCAAUUGAACAUGGAAUCAUCACCAACUGGGAUGACAUGGAAAAGAUCUGGCAUCACACUUUCUACAAUGAAUUACGUGUUGCACCAGAAGAACAUCCAGUUCUCUUGACUGAAGCUCCAUUGAAUCCAAAAGCUAAUCGCGAGAAGAUGACUCAAAUUAUGUUCGAAACUUUCAACUCACCAGCUAUGUAUGUUGCUAUCCAAGCUGUUCUUUCACUUUACGCUUCCGGUCGUACAACUGGUAUCGUCUUGGAUUCAGGAGAUGGUGUUUCACACACUGUUCCAAUCUAUGAAGGUUACGCUUUGCCACAUGCCAUCCUUCGUCUCGAUCUUGCUGGUCGUGACUUGACUGAUUAUCUCAUGAAGAUUUUGACUGAACGUGGAUAUUCAUUCACAACAACUGCUGAACGUGAAAUUGUUCGUGACAUCAAGGAAAAGUUGUGCUAUGUUGCUUUGGACUUUGAACAAGAAAUGGCCACAGCGGCUGCUUCAACUUCACUUGAAAAAUCUUAUGAGUUGCCUGAUGGACAAGUCAUCACCAUUGGUAAUGAACGUUUCCGUUGCCCAGAAGCUCUCUUCCAGCCUUCAUUCUUGGGAAUGGAAUCAUGCGGAAUCCAUGAGACCGUCUACAACUCAAUCAUGAAGUGCGAUGUUGAUAUCAGAAAGGAUUUGUACGCCAACACCGUUCUCUCGGGUGGUACCACAAUGUAUCCUGGUAUUGCUGAUCGUAUGCAAAAGGAGAUCACUGCCUUGGCUCCAUCGACCAUCAAAAUCAAGAUCAUCGCUCCACCAGAACGUAAAUACUCAGUCUGGAUCGGAGGCUCCAUCUUGGCUUCACUUUCCACCUUCCAAACGAUGUGGAUCAGCAAACAAGAAUAUGACGAAUCUGGCCCAGGAAUUGUUCACCGCAAAUGCUUCUAAACAGUUCAAAUCUCAACCACGAAAACUAACCGAACAAUUAAUGCACACAAAAUCUGCCUUUGACGAUCAACUUUCUUGGCUUAAACAUCUUUUAAUUCUCUCUCUCAAAUCAUUCGGUUAUUUUCCUUUGUUCUCGAUGUUGAUGGAAGCACAAACAUUUUUAUUUUCGUUGUUGUUGUUUGUAACGCAUAAAAAAAAUUCUACUAAUGGUUAUUUAAGAUUUUUACUAAAAAAAAUUAAAAGAAAAGACACGAACAUGUUCAAAUUCAAUUAAAUUCAUCUCGUAUGCGCGAUAAAUUCAAAUUGAAUUCGCCAUGACUAACCUACAGCUGCAAUUAAUAAAAAGCUAUUAAUGCCAAAGCGAUGUAUCAAGAUAAUUAUAAAAUAAAAUAUUUAAGAUGUCUCACUUCGAAAUCAUAAAACAUCACGAUGCCAACGCAGCAGCAAGCAAAGUUCGCUCAAUCGAAAAUAAGAUGAAUUUAUGAGACCAGAAAUUUUAUUCUGAUGCAAGAAUAAAUACCAACAUCUCAAUUUUCUUGAAUUUCUUCUCUCAUAGAUAUUUUAUUUACUUGUCGUUACGUAAAUUAUAAAUGAUUUAUUACAAAUGAUAUAAAUAAAGUCAAAUUUUUGUGAAAUAA